GGAACAAGAACGCAGCAGAGUUUGUGAAGGAAGGCAGAGAAGUUGCCUGGGCGGAGGAAGCUGGUGGAGGAAGGAGGGAGGGGGGAAGAAACAAAUUGGCAGGCAACUCGUGGUGCCUUGCAUCCGUACCAGAGGCAGCAUCAAUUGUCAGUGUUCCUUUCCUCCCUUUGUACAACACCCCUUUCCCUCCUACAGACCACCCAAAGCCCUAUAAAUAACCGGAGCGCUCUCUUCCUCCCUCAGACUCCUCUCUCUUCAGCAAGGAAGCCUGCGAGCUAGAAGGCAAGAGGGAACAGGGCAGAGAUGGCCAGCGAAUUCAAGAAGAAAAAGUUCUGGAGGGCGGUGGUGGCUGAGUUCUUCGCCAUGAGCCUCUUCAUCUUCAUCAGCAUCGGCGCGGCGCUGGGCAUCAACUUCCCCAUCCCCAGCGCCAACGACACUGUGCCGCGGGUCCAAGACAACGUGAAAGUCUCCCUGGCUUUCGGGAUCUCUAUCGCCACCAUGGCCCAAAGCGUGGGGCACAUCAGCGGCUGUCACCUGAACCCGGCCGUGACUCUGGGCCUCCUGCUCAGCUGCCAGAUCAGCAUCUUGAGGGCCGUCAUGUACAUUAUCGCCCAGUGCUUGGGGGCAGUCGUGGCCACAGCCAUCCUUUCCGGGAUCACGUCCGGGCUGGCGGACAACUCAUUGGGGCUCAAUGCGGUAAGGCGACCCAUCCCAGACUUCCUUCUCUGCUCCUCCUCUGUACCUGUACCUGUCUGCGGGUUAAGGCUCCAGAAAACCACAAAAGGAGAUUUGCUCUACUCAACUGCCUUGGGGGACAGGUUAUAAAGACAUAGCAGAAAUUGAUAACUGAACAGGUGAUGUGUAGGGAGAAGGGAUGGAGUUUUGAAAUGAAAGUUGGAGAUCUUAUUGUACUUAGGAACAGCAAAGGAAGGAGGAAAAAUAGAAGGAUCAACCGGGGGGUGGGUGGGAAGUCAGCUUUUAAAAUUGCAUAAAAUUUGUACUAAUUUGGUCACAGUUUGUUAAAAAACGAUGAGAAAUCAAUUUUAAAAACUGGCAAAAAAAAACCCCUCAAGAAAACCAAUAGCCUCAAAAGGCCAGAUGUUUGACCACUGGUUUCCAGAGCCACUUGUUAAAAGGGUGUGGAGGUUGCUGGGUCUCUUUCCAGGGAUGUUGGAGUCGUAAGGUGGCAAAGGUAGCAGAUGUUCCAGAAGGUGGCCAGCUUUUAUUUUCAUUGGUCCAGCAGGGCCCUUUCACUUCUACCCACUCUGCAACAGGACAGGGUUCGGCAGGUGCCGUGCGUUCUGGCUAGAUGCAAAGGGAGGCGAAUGGGUUUUGCAGAACGAAGGCAUCUGGGGAGAAGCAGCUGACAAAUUCUCUCUUUUUUAGGAAGGUUCCAAGCUUGGCAGUUCUGCUGGCUGUCUCUGUGGCUGGUCACACUGGGUGGGAAUUUCCACACACAGCUGUGAAUGGCCAAAGAGCCCUGCCAGAAGAACGUUGACAAUCCCAUUAAGAUUCUUUCUUUCUUUCUUUCUUUCUUUCUUUCUUUCUUUCUUUCUUUCUUUCUCUCUCUCUCUCUCUCUCUCUCUCUCUCUCUCACUCACACACACACACACACACACACACACACACAAGCUAUGGAGACAAAUGUAAUGGGAGUGUCAGAUGGGAUGGAUGCAAAAUGAGAGUUCCCCUUGAAGACCAUAUUACGGGUGUUCAGGAUUUCCACGGUUUUUCUUGGAAAUAGCUUCCUGGCAGGUAGAAAUUUCAGCUGCUGGUGGUAACCAAUUCCCCAUCUCAGCAUUUCAUCCCAGGGUGAAAAAACCACACCUGUUGAUUUUCUGCCUGGCAGCUGCUAUUCUGAAAAGCACAGGAACUGGGAGACACCUGCUCGUUUCAGUCUGGCUGAAACCCCUUAGGCGUUGCUUCGCGUGGGCUUUGACCGAAUGGAUUUACUGGUGAAAAGCACUAACUCCUGGAGAGCUAAGGAUUCAACCCUAACCUUUGCCACCACAUGCAUAUCUUGUAAUCGUCAGCAACUGUGUAUUUCUUAUCCUUUUCUCUGGUUGCUUACUACGGUGGAGGUAUUCAGUGUCACCAAAGCCAUUGUAGGGCUGUCCAGUGUUGAGUUCGAGUCGGCUGAAGUAUCUUUAAGAGUGGCACCGAAGGGAGAAUUCUGCCAGAGGCACCCUUUUCCUUACCCAGAACAGUAACAGCAGUGGCUGGUUCCUCCGGUCCUAUGCUGCCAAGUUUCCACAAGUGGGAGCUGCAACAGAAAGUUGCAGUAUAUCCUUAACCCCUAACAGGACUGCUCCUAAUCAGAGUCCCAGUCAUACCUUUCCAUUGUUAGGGGCUAAAGCCAAUUCACUCUACCUUCUUGGCUUCCCGUCGCUCUUUUCCAACUCAGCAGUUCUUGACUUUUGGUGAUCCCUGAGCAUGUCAAAUCUUCAUUAGCCUUGCUUUUGUUGUGGGGGGAGAGUUGGCCUCUUUCCAUGUUUUCGUUUUAUUCUUUAAAAGAUCACCUGCCCUUUUGCAAACCUUGAGGCUCCUCUGAGCGUGCUUCUCUCUGGUUUGGCUCUAGUUUUGCUGGCACUCAAAACAGGUGAUCAACAUUGGAGGAAGCAGUGGGUUUGGUCCUGGGGUACAUGGGGUACAUGCCUACAUAAUACCUGUACUCCACACCUGCAGAGGCAUUUGAGCACUGAGCCCAGGUAUAUCCUGCUCUUUGCUGACUGAAGGAGAACCACAGGAACAUUGGCAUUCGUUGGAGGCAAUCUGACUGGUCAUGCGCUACCCCCUGCGCGUGGUAAGAAGGGAUAACUGCUACAGUUGUCUCUUGAGAGCUGACCCAUCUCUCAAAAUAGAUAGGGCUCGUCUCCUAGAACAGGGAAACUGAUGCCCUCUAGAUGUUGCCGGACAACAACUCCCAUCAUCCCUGACCGUUGACCAUGUUGGCUGGGACUGCUGGCAGUUACAGUCCAACAAUAUCUGUAGGGUCACAGGUUCCUAUACCCACCCUGGAUUCGGGGACAGCCAUCUCCAAUUUGGCAUCCUCCGCUGUUGUUGGAACCUCCCAGCCAGCAUGGUCAAUGGACAUACUCAGAUCGAUAUUGGACCACAACUCCCAUGGUCAAUGGACAAGGACCAUGGGAGUUGUAGUCCAAUGUCGAUCUGAGUGCAGCAGGCUGGGGGAGAGACUGUUCUAGGACCGGAAACUCAGUUAAGAGCUGCUUCUUCCAUUAAUACUUGUGGGAGGUGUGGGGUGGAAGGCAACAUUCAACCACCAUGGGGGGGGGGGGGCAGCUGAAAGAAGGAGGGGGUCCCGCCCAUGUCCCGAAGCUGCUUUUUCCAGAGGCCCAGAGUCAUAGUAACUGGGACGCGGGUGGCGCUGUGGGUUAAACCACAGAGCCUAGGACUUGCCAAUCAGAAGGUCGGUGGUUCGAAUCCCCGCGACGGGGUGAGCUCCCGUUGCUUGGUCCCUGCUCCUGCCAAUCUAGCAGUUUGAAAGCACAAAGUGCAAGUAGAUAAAUAGGUACCACUCCAGCGGGAAGGUAAACAGUAUUUCCGUGCGCUGCUCUGGUUCGCCAGAAGCGGCUUAGUCAUGCUGGCCACAUGACCCGGAAGCUGUACGCCGGCUGCCUGGGCCAAUAAAGCGAGAUGAGCGCCGCAACCCCAGAGUCGGCCAUGACUGGACCUAUCGUCAGCGGUCCCUUUACCUUUACCUUUAGAGUCAUAGCAUGUUGUCUGCAUCUCCACCGUGGGCCAAAAAUCAGCUGGAGGGGGGGGACCUUAAGCUGAAAAAGGACAAGGGGGAGGGUUAAAGACCCUCUCCCUAGUCACUCAGCCACCUUUCACUAAGCUGCAACUUGCCUUGGAAUGUUGUGUGUUAAAAGAGAGAGAGAGAGAGAGAGAGAGACCUACAGAGAGUAUCGCCCAACUCCACUUAAACAUGCCCUUUGGAGCCUUAGAGAGCUCUCCAGAAAAUUGCAGCGUCUGGUCGCCCCAGCCGCCUCCCUCCCACCAGCUGGCUUCCAUCCAGCGCACCAGCGGAGCAGUACUUCAUUCAACUUGUUUUUAUUAUUGCUUGUUAGCUGCCCUGAGCCCAGCCUUGGCUAGGGAGGGCGGGGUAUAAAUAAAAAAUAUUAUUAUUAUUAUUAUUACUGCUCCAGACCUUUUAAACAUUUACUCUGCCUUAAACAAGCCCCCUCCUUCUCCGCAGCUGCUGCAGACGGGCUCAUAGGUUUCGAGGGAGGGCUGUCAGAAAUUGUGGUGGGGGCGCGAGGGUGUGUGGAAGGAGCCUGCCCCUCGUAGGAGGCGUUCAGCAAGGCUAGGGGAUGUCGAUGGGCUACAACUAAGUAUGGACACCCCCCUGAGGUCCUUAGAGAGAAAGGCGGGAUAUAAAUGCAAAUGACAACAAUGACAAUCAUAAUAUUAAUUUCAGUUCCAUUCGUUGUUCCUAGCCUUAAGUUUGGUUUACCACUUUUCUAUAUUGCUUUGUCCUUUGUUCAAAACAAAACCGAAGCGCUCAUGGAAAUUUGCCAGCGUUUUAGUGAGCAUUCCUCCUAAUCUACACAUUUUUGCACCCCCCCUAAAUUUAAUGCAUUUUUGUAUGUGAUUUUCACCAAAUACACGCAUCUUCAUGAACGUGUCUUUCCAAUAAGUGCAUUUUCUUGCACGUAUUUUUGUUGUUGGGGGAAGUGCAUUGCAAAAUUCAGAGAAGGGAAAAUUUCGGACAGCUGAGUCUCAUUUUGGGCAUUGCUAUUGGAAAGUGCGAAUUUAAAUACCACACUGAAUUUCUUCCCCAUCCUCGUCUACUUUUUUAAAAAAAUAAAAAGGCACAUUAAUUGUUUCCACACAAUUAAUGUGAAGUGCAGUUUGACCCUGAAACCCUGGAAAACACCCACCUGUCAGUUAGAACAGGCAACACCUAGAAUUUUGAUCCAUCUGCUGCUUUUAUUCAUUCUUUAUUGUCAGUUUUCUAAAAGUAGUUUUCUCUUGCAAGCCAAGUUGGAAAAACAAAGGGCCGGCCAGCAAAUUGUAUAAGUAAAUCAGCAAAUAAAUUAGCGGAACGACCGCCUGACUCAAUAGAAGGUAACCACAAAUGUCCAUGAUGAAUCAGAAAGAGUUUCAGCCAACGCCCAGGAACAUAGGAAGCUAUGUUAUAAUGAGUCAGCUCAGUAGAGUCUACACUGGCUGGCAGGAGCUCUCUGGGAUUUAAGAUGGGGAGCCCCCACCCAGCCCUACCUUGAAAUACCAGGAACUGAACCCAGAACCUUCUACUUGCAAACCACAGAGCCACAGCCUGCAGUGAGCCAUACUGGUGAGAUCAGAAAAGCUUCUGGUCUUAUCAACAGUUGUUUUGCUUUCCUCAGAAUCGCACAGGCUUUUAUCCUAAGGAGGAAAUUAAUCUUCACUGAUUCUUUUGCUUUGGGCGCAAUGAGGGGUGAGCUCUAAGGCCUUAUCAGCUGUGGCUGAGAGAUCUUCUUCAUCAGGCUCUUUGUGGCUUAGGGCCCUUGUACUUAUGGGACCACCUCUCCUGGUAUGCCCCACAGAGAAGUUCAUGAAUAAUCAUAGUUUAGAGGUCCCGGGCCCUAAGGAAGUUAGAUUAUCCUCCAGCAGGGCCAGGGCCUUCUCAGUGAUGGCUCUGACCUGGUGGAACGCUCUGUCCCAUGAGACCAGGGCCCUGCAGGAUUUAACUUCCUUCCGCAGGGCCUGUAAAACAGAGCUAUUCCGCCUGGCUUUCAAUUUGAACCUGGCCUGAUCUUUUAUUCCCCUUCCUUCCCUCCCCUCCCUUUUUUCAAAAGAUUACCCGCUCUGGGAUCCCACAGCUGGUUCUCCCCUGGUCUCCUCACUGGCCCAAGUGGGACUAAUUUAGCCAGCUAGCCCUGGUGAUCAUCUAAUGUUUAUUGGAUGGAUUUCCCCCCUAAGUUGAUUUUUGAUUUUAUUGUUAUUUAUGCUUUAUACCGUAUUUUAUGCUGGUUUUUUUUUUUUUUUUUUGGUGGCAUCAAUUUGUUGUUAGCCACCCUGAGCCCGGUUUCCUGAACUGGGAAGGGUGGGGUAUAAAUUAUUAUUAUUAUUAUUAUUAUUAUUAUUAGCCCUAAACUCUCAACAAGACCUCUGGUGCUGGUGAAAGACUUUACAGGGGUGUCAACUUGACUAAAAUAUGGGGGGGGGGCAGGUAAACCUCACCCCACAUAAUCGAUCCCAUGAUGUGAUGCACACACACUAUUUGAAUGGCAAUGGCCAUCUUUUGGGGGGCGGCGGUGAAGGGACCUCAGCCCCUAGGAGUUGGCUCCUACAAGUCUUUUCAACACCCAAACAACAGCCUGGGACCACAACAUAGGUUAAAAAGUUGUAGCGUCAUAUCCCCGCUGGGCCCCAAUCCAGUUUACAUCUCACCUUGAGCCCCCUCCUCGCUGAAUCCCCACAACACCUUGUGAGGUAGGCUAGGUCCUAGUCCAACGCUCUAACCACUACACUACACUGCUGCCCAAAUAUGAAAGCCUGCUUACUUUGAAGCAGACCCCGCUGAAAUGACAAGCUGAGCUGCCGUGUAGGGCGGGGUGAAUCUGUCAACUGGACUUCAACUCCCAUCACCCUUGACCAUUGACCAUGCUGGCAGGGGCUGAUGGGAACUGUAGUUAGGGACAGGCAAAUCUUUGGUUUCUCCUUUCCCCUGUCUUCAGUUCUCCAUAGCCCCACAUCAAUUUACAACAUUCCGUUUUAAGUCCCUGUGAAAAUUCACAAGCAUUUUAGUCCAGAUCUUUCCUGAUUAUCUACUGCGUGCAAUUCAUUUUUUGCAAAGCAAUUUCUCCUGACAUUUCCCCUGUUCUGUGCAUUUGUUAUGCCUGCUCUCCCCCAGCACAUUCACCUUUGUACAUAUUACUUGCCGGGGGUGGGGGGUUGCAUUGAAAAAUUCGGGGAAGCCUGAAUUGAUUCCCUCCCCCUCUUUCUUUUUUUCCUUUCUCCUUCUGUGAUGGAACUCCUAUUUGGGGACUUCCCUGGCUUUUUCUAGCCCACGUAGGACCAGUCUGGUGAAGGCUUGACAUUUUCAUCCCCCAAGAAGUUUUUGAUUUGAGUUUCUACUGAAAUGAGGCUGCAUUUUAAUGUUGUAUUUGUUUUUUAAGUUGUAUUUCAAUCAAUUGUUUUUAUACCUGGUGUUAGCCGCCCUGAGCCCAGUCUUGGCUGGGAAGGGCGGGGUAUAAAUAAAAUAAUUAUUAUUAUUAUUAUUAUUAUUAUUAUUAUUAUUAUUAUUUUAUUAGUGAAGGAUGGCUGUGUUUUGGUUUGUGUAUUCCCCCCCAAAAAAGUGACAAUUUAGGUAGGUUUGCCUUUAAAUGUGAUUCAAAUCAAUUUCCCUCCCCUCCCCUUCCCUCCUGCCACCCCCAUUAACCUGAAACAGCUCAGAGUCAGUCUCUAAAACGGAGGCUUGCUCAUUCUCUCCGAAACCACCGCUGUAGAACUGGCCCACGCAGCAAAAAAGAAGGUAAAGACCGUGCUGGUCGCGAUGCCAAGGGAUGCUGUGUCCUCCAGAAAACAGUUGGAGGAGCUGACAAGAGCUAUUAAAGAUGUGUGGUCUGGUUUCCAAGGGAGCACGGCUUCCCCAGAGUCGUCAUAAAAAAACCCUCUGGUGUUCUGGGAUUCCUCAGCUUGGAGACAGCUUUUCCCUUUCAGAAGAAUCUUUAUUUGCACCAGCCACUAGCCACAGCAAUAAAAUAAAAUACAACGUACUGAAGACAGAGGUGAAAACUUAGCUAUACAAAAUACAUUCUAGAGCAGGCACAGGCAAACUCGGCCCUCCAGAUGUUUUGAGACUACAAUUCCCAUCAUCCCUGACUACUGGUCCUGCUAGCUAGGGAUCAUGGAAGCUGUAGACCAAAAACAUCUGGAGCAGGCUUCCUCAAACUCGGCCCUCCAGAUGUUUUGAGACUACAAUUCCCAUCAUCCCUGACCACAGGUCCUGUUCGCUAGGGAUGAUGGGAGUUGUAGUCCCAAACAUAUGGAGGGCCGAGUUUGCCUAUGCCUGCUCUAGAGGUUUACAUCAAUAAUCACAUAAUAGAUACUAUUCUAAUUGCCCCUGCUAAAAAAAUUGCAGAUCUUGCUGUCACCUGAUUAUCUUGAUCUGCCAGAAGUAAGUAGCAAUGGUUGAGUGACCAGAUAUGGAUAGUAAUCGAGGGGUAAUAACUCUGCAAAUCUUUAUAAAGAAGGCAAGCUAGAAGCCCAUGAGCUACUGAUUCAAUACUGCCAUCUCCACGUGGAAAUAACCGUUUUUCCAGCAGGAUUUUUUGAAAUCGACCCUCAAGUACAGCUAAAAGGCAAUACAGUGGUACCUCGGGUUACAGACGCUUCAGAUUACAGACUCCACUAACCCAGAAAUAGUACCUCGGGUUAAGAACUUUGCUUCAGGAUGAGAACAGAAAUCGUGUGGCGGCGGUGCAGCAGCAGCUGGAGGCCCCAUUAGCUAAAGUGGAACCUCAGGCUAAGAACAGUUUCAGGUUAAGAACGGACCUCUGGAACGAAUUAAGUACGUAACCAGAGGUACCACUGUGUAUUUAAUCUCGCGUAAGUCAGAGCGCGUCUGUAUUUUGGAAUGAUUUAAUUUUGCAAAUAGCGUGCCGACGUGUCAAAAUGACUAGGUGGGACAUAAUCAUACCGUGGACCAAAUGUCCUUAUCGUGGCCAAAUUAUUCUGUCGCUCAGUAUCAUAUAGGCGCUGUCUAAUUAAAUUAUUUGCUUUACUGAAGGCCAGUGCUAAUAAUGGUUGUGGUGAUAAACCAGAAAAGUAAAGCUUUCGGUUGACAGUUUUCGUCCAAGUGCUCUCGGGAUAAUCUUGCUAAGGGUAGUAGACCGGUGGGGUUUAAAUUUAGCCGACGCCAAUAAUUAAAUGUCCUACGCCAAAUCUGUAAUUCAACUGAGGGGACAUUAGCCUCCAAGAGCAAUGAACACAGGAUGGAACAGGAAAAUCUUUUCCUUAGGAAUUUGAUUGAACAGCUUCUGUAGACCCGGCACGGAGAAAGCUCCGGAAAAACAAGCGGUUGUGUGAAGAGGGUUCGUUUCUCCUGAAUUUUCUGCUCCUUUAUCAUUUUGGUUUGAUCUUCUUCUUGAGCGAUGCAAACUGGGAGUCACGGCCGCCCGUGGGAGACAGGGCUGAAGCCAACUCAGGGAGCGAGAAAGGAACCAGAGUGAGGCAAAUUCACAACAAGCGCUUAAACCACUCAUGGCUCCCGACGAAUAAUUCUGUAAGCUACAGUUUGUUACAGGUGCUGGAGCUGUUAAGAGGCUGCUUAUUCCCCUCAGAAAACUUCAUUUCCCAGAGUUCCCCGUGAAGAGCGAUUUAUUGUUAAGUCGCUCUGGGAAUUGUAGCCUUGUGAGGGGAAUGGGAGGUCUCCUAACAGCAGCGGCGUAGCGUGGGUUGUCAGCACCCGGGGCAAGGCAAGUAAUUUGCACCCCCUAACCCGGGGCAAGGCAAGUAAUUUGCACCCCCUAACCCCUAACCUGCCGCCGCUGCCAGCUUCUUCUUGCUGCUGCCUGGUCUGGUCUGGUGUGGUUCUCUCCCGCGCUCAGCGCUGCGCUGGGCGGCCGCUGCACUGUCCCUCCCCCAGAUAGUCCCUCGCUCUCUCUCCGCACCGCACGCCUGGCACCCACCCCUCCACAGUGGGCGGCGACCCAGCGGCUCGGAUCGGAUUCGCACAGCCAGCACUGCAGUGAGAGAGAGUGAGUGAGCCAGGUAGGGGCAGAGAGCUGCGAGUGCGAGCGCCCCCCCAGAUGUUGCGUCCGGUGCGGCCGGCCCCCCCUGCACCUCCCACGCUACGCCACUGCCUAUCAGUUCUCAGCACCCUUAAACCACAGCUAUCAGAAUUCUUUGGGGGAAGCCAUGACUGUUUAAAGUGGGGUCAUAGUGCUUUAAAUGUAACAUGUGAACAUGGCCCGUGUGGACGAGGCCGUCCCUGGAUAACUUUGUCGAGACUCAUCAUUUCCCAGAUGUUUUCCCUCCAAAUGUCACACGAGGUGAAAACCCAGGGGGCUGUAGGAUAAAUCCCUCCCUUUCCAGGUCCCAUCGGCACCAAAUAUUUAAGACAGUCUCACACCACGUUAAGCAGGCCUGGCUCCCCCACAAAGUCUUCUGGGAACUGUAGUUUAUUAAGGGCGCUGAGAUCUGUCAGGAGACCCCAAAUUCUCCUCAGGGAGCUACAGUUCCCAGAGCGGUUCGAAAACCAACCGCUCUUCCCAGGGACCUCGGGGAAUGGUAGCUAUGGCUACGGCUUCAAAUGGUUUAGAAAGAACAUCAUAAAAAUUGCAAAUGUGACAUGUUAAAACGACUGUAGGAGCUGAAACUCUGCUGGGUCUCAACAAAAAUUACCCUACGCGUUUGCAUUAGGGGAAGGGCAAAGGAAUCUCUCCAACUGCAUUAUCCCCGCAUGAAGGGACGGACAGAAGUGCUAAAAGUGGUUCUCCGGGGAGAGAAAAUACCUGCCCAAUUAUCUCGUGGCAUCAAGCUGUCAGCUCCUUACCUGAAUAUGAAAGGUCCAGCUUCCCCCACCCCCCAGUCGCCCAGCUGAGUUCCCCUACUCCAUCCUCUCCCUCCCUCCUAGGUCUCUACAGACCUCCGCCUGCAAUCCUGCAACCCACUCUAUAUUUAUACGGUUUCGAACUAUAUUAUUAACUGUCCCCGGAGCCUUAAAGUUUCCACAGACUUGCAAGAACUUAAAAAUAUAAGAACUGCUGGAGUGGAUCUGGCCAAAAUGAGCCAGCCAGAUGUCUCGAGAAAAUUCAAGGCAGGGAAAGAUGUGGAUAUUGCCAAGUUUGUAGAAUCUGCAAACAUUUGGGCACUGGAGUUACAGUGUCUCUGAAAAUGGAAUUCCUAUGUUUUAGCUCUUUCAACUUUUUUAAAAAUGUUAUACAUUAUGUAAUAUAAUGUACUUUGAAUUAUACUUUUCUUUCCACCUCCUCCACCUCACAGAGGGAUGCUUCUCUAAAAGCCUUAGCAACUAAUGAACAGAAGCAAUAAAGCCUUUGAAUCUGUAUAACCCGCUGCAACGAAAUGUUGCAGCCUGAAGUGCUUCUGUUCAGGGUUCAAGCCACCCUAUUCCAUGCUUCCCUGGUUUUCUAUUCUUUCAGCUCCACCCAACAGACACUCACCAUUCUGUAGCCACUAAGCCACUCAUAUUUCAUUGGCGUGUUUCUUUGUUUUUCCUGCAAAGCUUAGGAUCCCUUAAACUUUCAGAUCCCUUCGUCUUGUGCACGCAAGGCACUUCUUUUUGCUGCAUAAGGAUUCACACUCAGAGAACAGAGUUUAGUAUUAGUAUCUGUGAUGGCUGAUCUAGGGCAUCUUAAAACAUAAAUGCAUCCAUUCAUCCAUGAACUCACGUCAACACUGGCUUGGAACAAAUGAGUUUUGACAUGCCUUUGAGAAACAGCUAAAUGAGAGUUUCCGUCGAUCAUUCAAAGGAAGACAUUUCAAAACCAAGGAUGCCACCAUCCAACAGAUCUUGCCUCAUUGGGAGGCUGUAUACAGGAUAGGAUCUUUCCUAGGGAUCACCAUCUUCGGUGGGGAGUGGUCUUCUGGGAGAAGCAUAAAGGUAAAGGGACCCCUGACCAUUAGGUCCAGUUGUGACUGACUCUGGGGUUGCGGCACUCAUCUCACUUUAUUGGCCGAGGGAACCGGCGUACAGCUUCCGGGUCAUGUGGCCAGAAUGACUAAGCCACUUCUGGCAAAUCAGAGCAGUGCACGGAAACGCCGUUUACCUUCCCGCCGGAGCGGGACUUGCACUUUGACGUGCUUUCGAACUGCUAGGUGGGCAGGAGCAGGGACCGAGCAACGGGAGCUCACCCCGUCACGGGGAUUCGAACCGCCAGCCUUCUGAUUGGCAAGUCCUAGGCUCUGUGGUUUAACCCACAGCGCCACCCGCAUCCCUCUGAGAUCUGUUAGAAGACCCCAAAUUCUCCUCAGGGAGUUACAGUUCCCAGAGCGGUUCGAAAACCAACUGCUCUUCCCAGGGAGUGCAAAUACUUUGAUAUGGGCAAGGUAUAUUAUUAUUAUUAUUAUUAUUAUUAUUAUUAUUAUUAUUAUAUUGUCUCCAUUGCAGGCAAUGAAGAAAACCUUAUUAGGGAAAAUGGGGUGCUGCCCUGCUAAUCAGUGCUCUCAGCUAGCCUCCAUCGGGCUCCCAUCUUAGUUAGCGUUUCAGCAGCUGCAGGCCUUUACAGCAUCCGAUGCCAGUGAGUUCCAUAAGUUAGGGUUGCCAUAUUUUGAAGAGGAAAAAAAGAGGACACAUUUGCCAGCUCCUGCUUUUUAACUGUGGUGACUCUACCCGUGAAAAAAAGGACAUGUCCUGGAAAAGAGGACAUAUGGCAACCCAACGAGGUUCUUGGUGCAUGGUAGGACGUGGGGGGCGCUGUGGUCUAAACCACUGAGUCUCUUGGGCUUGCCGAUUGGAAGGUUGGCGGUUCGAAUCCCCACAAUGGUGUGAGCACCCGUUGCUCUGUCCCAGCUCCUGCCAACCUAGCAGUUUGAAAGCACAUCAGCACAAGUAGAUAAAUAGGUACCGCUGCGGAGGGAAGGUAAACGACGUUUCUGUGCGCUCUGGUUUCUGUCACGGUGUUCUGUUGUACCAGAAGCGGUUUAGUCCUGCUGGCCACAUGACCCGGAAAGCUAUCUGUGGACAAACGCUGGCUCCCUUGACCUGAAAGUGAGAUGAGCGCUGCAACCCCAUAGUUGCCUUUGACUGGACUUAACUGUCCAGGAGCCCUUUAAAGGUAAAGCGACCUCUGACCAUUAGGUCCAGUCGCGACCGACUCUGGGGUUGCGGCACUCAUCUUGUUUUAUUUGCCAAGGGAACCGGCAUACAGCUUCCGGGCCAUGUGGCCAGCAUGACUAAGCCGCUUCUGGCUAACCAGAGCAGUUCCCUGAAACGCUGUUUACCUUCCCGCUGGAGCGGUACCUAUUUAUCUACUUGCACUUUGACGUGUUUUCGAACUGCUAGGUUGGCAGGAGCAGGGACUGAGCAACGGGAGCUCACCCCAUCAUGGGGAUUCGAACCGCCAACCUUCUGAUUGGCAAGCCCUAGGCUCUGUGGUUUAACCCACAGCGCCACCCGCAUCCCACUCCAGGGGCCCUUUACCUUUACCUUUUUACCAUGGUACAUGCUCAUUAUGCACGGCUGAGCUGUUUGUCGCAGCACUAAGUGGAUGCAGCAGGUCUCAGAUAAAAUGAAGCCACUUUUCUAGAAUGGCAAUAUACCUCUAUUCUCAGCAGCCAGGUUGGGAAAAUAAAUGCACUGUCUAAUGAGCACACAGAGAGAUACUCCCUUUCCCUCUGACAUAUGCUUUGCAUUAGAGGUGGGAAAAUGGAAGGGGUCUCCAUGGAAAUGGGUAGGGCGGCAGCUGUUGUUUUUCAGCAAGAGCAAAAGGGGAGGAAGUUUAUGAAGCCUAGAACUGGUGCUGUAGGAAAGGGAGGGAUAGGAGGAAGCGAAUGUCCGCAUGGGAAAGAAAUGCAACAAUAGCAGAGCAGGCUGGAAGUAGAUUUUCCGGAACUCUGCUUGAAGGCAGCACCAAGAGAGAAAGAGAAAGACUCUCUCUCUCUCUCUCUCUCUCUCUCUCUCUCUCUCUCUCACACACACACACACAGAGAGAGAGAGAGAGAGAGAGAGAGAGAGAGAGAAGCAGAAAGGGCAUGUGAUUUAAAAACCCAAAGCUGUCUCCUGUAGCCAUUGCCUAAGCAGCUGCGAUACUACGGAAUCUUCACAAACAUUCCAAGUGCUGAGGUUGGAGGGAGACGCAGGGAGUGUUGAGAUCUAAUGCUUAUAAUAGGUGAGGGAGCCUCACACAGGAUCUAGGAACAGAUAGAGCUUUGUGAAGUUCUGUGAGGUUGAUGCCAAGUGCCAGGAUCCUGUCAGUUCAUUGGUAGGCAUGUAAUAGAAAUCUUGGCCUUGCAGGGUGACUCAGUAAGAAAAUAAUAAUAAUAAUAAUAAUAAUAAUAAUAAUAAUAAUAAUAAUAAUUUCAUUAUUUCUACCCCGCCCAACAGUAUGCCCUUACUGCAGAAGGAGAAGCCUAGUUCAUUUUCAGCAGGUUGGGCCGUAGUUCCCUUCUGCUCUAACCAUUGCACCUUUAAUUGAUGCAUGAUGGGCAGGAACGCAAUAAUUGAAGUUUUUCCUGGCAGGGAGGUACAGUGAUGGGAAACGCCUGCCAUGCCCAAUCUCUGCCAAAACUGCAAAGGAAGGUGGCAUCCUGAGAUCUCAGCAGCGGAUUAUGGCACUGUGGGAUCUCUUUCCUAUAAAUCCUCACCCACCUUGGUCUGCGGUGCAUGCCGAUGCAAAACCCAGCAGUUUUCUCUCAUCCUGUCUGGCACAUGGGCCACUGAAAUCUUCUCCGCUGUGGUCUUCCAUUGUCUUCCCACACAUCUAUCCAGGACUGUGCUGGCAAAAUCUCCCUCAUCCCCUCUCUUUGCAUGCACCACAUGGGCCUUGACUUCCAAUUCAGUCCUGGAUCUACUAUAGACUCCAUUCUUAUAGAAUCAUAGAAUCAUAGAAUCAUAGAGUUGGAAGAGACCACAAGGGCCAUCGAGUCCAACCCCCUGCCAAGCAGGAAACACCAUCAGAGCACUCCUGACAUAUGGUUGUCAAGCCUCUGCUUAAAGACCUCCAAAGAAGGAGACUCCACCACACUCCUUGGCAGCAAAUUCCACUGUCGAACAGCUCUUACUGUCAGGAAGUUCUUCCUAAGGUUUAGGUGGAAUCUUCUUUCUUGUAGUUUGGAUCCAUUGCUCUGUGUCCGCUUCUCUGGAGCAGCAUAAAACAACCUUUCUCCCUCCUCUAUGUGACAUCCUUUUAUAUAUUUGAACAUGGCUAUCAUAUCACUCCUUAACCUCCUCUUCUCCAGGCUAAACAUGCCCAGCUCCCUUAGCCGUUCCUCAUAAGGCAUCGUUUCCAGGCCUUUGACCAUUUUGGUUGCCCUCCUCUGGACCCGUUCCAGUUUGUCAGUGUCCUUCUUGAACUGUGGUGCCCAGAACUGGACACAGUACUCCAGGUGAGGUCUGACCAGAGCAGAAUACAGUGGCACUAUUACUUCCCUUGAUCUAGAUGCUAUACUCCUAUUGAUGCAGCCCAGAAUUGCAUUGGCUUUUUAGCUGCCGCGUCACACUGUUGGCUCAUGUCAAGUUUGUGGUCAACCAAGACUCCUAGAUCCUUUUCACAUGUACUGCUCUCAAGCCAGGUGUCACCCAUCUUGUAUUUGUGCCUCUCAUUUUUUUGCCCAAGUGCAAUACUUUACAUUUCUCCCUGUUAAAAUUCAUCUUGUUUGUUUUUGCCCAGUUCUCUAAUCUGUCAAGGUCGUUUUGAAGUGUGAUCCUGUCCUCUGGGGUGUUAGCCACCCUCCCAGUUUGGUGUCAUCUGCAAAUUUGAUCAGGAUGCUCUUGAGUCCAUCAUCCAAGUCGUUGAUAAAGAUGUUGAAUAAGACCGGGCCCAAGACAGAACCCUGUGGCACCCCACUAGUCACUCUUCUCCAGGAUGAAGAGGAACCAUUGAUGAGCACCCUUAUUCUUACACCCAAGGCUUUUUAUCUCGGCUCUCCUGCUUUGAUACAUCCCAGCUAGGGAAGGGCGAUAAAUCUGCUAUGUUUGCAUUUCAGUGCCAGCCUACUAAUUCUGCCUUUCCGAAGCAGUAUUUGACCGGCAAAGCAGUUUGCCUUGGGAAUUUGCACUUCUCCAAAUGUUGUGAUCAGUUCCCCACCCAAAUAACGUGUACCCAAAAAGUGGGAGCAAAUUGUCCAUAGAUAUGCAUAUCAUAGCAAAAGCAACAUAGAGAAAUGCAUUACCGUAUUUUUUGCUCUAUAAGACUCACUUUUUCCCUCCUAAAAAGUAAAGGGAAAUGUGUGUGCGUCUUAUGGAGCGAAUGCAGGCUGCGCAGCUAUCCCAGAAGCCAGAACAGCAAGAGGGAUUGCUGCUUUCACUGCGCAGCGAUCCCUCUUACUGUUCUGGCUUCUGAGAUUCAGAAUAUUUUUUUUCUUGUUUUCCUCCUCCAAAAACUAGGUGCGUCUUGUGGUCUGGUGCAUCUUAUAGAGCGAAAAAAACGGUAUAUUAGGGGGAAUUGGUUUGUAGAAGCGUGUACCUCAGGUGAAAUUGCAUAGAAAAAAGUGUAUAUAUUAGGAAAGAUUUGUUGGUGAAUUCUCAAGACGAUUUUCAAAAAGAACAAUCACUAUCUGAUGUAGAAGUCUGGAGAACCAAAGGCUGGAAGAGUCUCAGUUCGGAGUCUGGGAGGCGCUGAUCAUUUCACUCAGACUGGACUCAGCAAGGAUCAAAUCCCUCAAGCAUCCGUACUUGUAACCAAGCCUAAGGGCAUUUAGCAGAAAUAACCACACAUGAGAGGCAGUGGUGGUGUAGUGGUUAGAGAGUUGGACUAAGACCUGGGAGGCAAGGGUUCAAAUCCCCACUUGGCCGUGAUGCUGGGGCCAGUCACUGCCUCUCAGCCUGACCAACCUCACAGGGUUGUUGUGAGAAUUAAAAAUGAGGAGGAAGAACCAUGUGUGCACCCUUGGGAGAAAAGGUGGAAUGUAAAUGCAAGAAAACAAACAAAUAUAUAAAUUCUCCCCCUCUGCAGCCCAGCCUCUGAUUCUCUUCUCUUCACCUGUUGCUUCCUCUGCGCUAAAUAUUGAUUGUAGGAUCCUUGGGGCAGAGACUUUUUCCUCUUUUCCUCUGCAAAGGGCAUGCAUGUUGGUGGUGCUACAUAAAGACAAGAAUCACCACCUAAGGAGGUAACUUUUGCACUCCUCAUUUGCUUGCGUCCUGGGACUCUACUUUCUCUCCAUCUUCCGUUAUGGGACACACUUUAAAAUUCUUACCAUGUAUUUUAUUCCACCAUCCCAAUCUUAUUCCAUAUACUAUCUUAAAAAGGUAAAGGUAAAGGGACCCCUGACCAUUAAGUCCAGUCGUGGACGACUUUGGGGUUGCGUGCUCAUCUCGCUUUACUGGCCAAGGGAGCCGACAUUUUCCGCAGACAGUUUUUCCGGGUCACGUGGCCAGCAUGACUAAGCUGCUUCUGGCGAACCAGAGCAGUGCACGGAAACACCGUUUACCUUCCUGCCGGAGCGGUACCUAUUUAUCUACUUGCACUUUGACGUGCUUUUGAACUGCUAGGUUGGCAGGAGCAGGGAUCGAGCAACGGGAGCUCACCCUGUCGUGGGGAUUCGAACUGCUGACCUUCCGAUCUGCAAGCCCUAGGCUCAGUGGUUUAGACCUAUAUACUAUCUUAUUCCUUCCUAAACCUGGGACUUUCUUUAUGGCAAACAUAUAUGCAUAGCCUACUCAGCGCCUACUGAGUUAUGAGCACUUUUUGCCUGACAAUUGCAAGUGAAUGGGUUUUUAUUAUUAUUACUUUUGGUUGUUGUUGUUUGCUUUUUAUGCCCAAUCACAGAUGUAGCUACUGCUUUUGACCUUUUUUAUUAUUAUUGUGAUUGAUAGUAUACAGUUAUCAGUUUCUUGAUGGUCUGGAGAAAGUUUUUGGUUUCCUAAAAAGAAAAUGAUGCAGUGCCCUUUUAUUUGUGAUGUUCAGGUGAUGAGUGCUGUUGAUUUAGGAACAGGAACAGAACCGCCCACAUACAAAUGACAGGCGCCAACAGGCUCAGCGGAACCCCAAGGUUUGCAAAAGCUAAAAAGAGAAAAGAAAGAAAGAAUAGAAGAAUAGAAAACAUAAAAGAGAGAGGCAGGAAGAAACCCCCAACAGCCGAAUGAGAAGUGAUUGCUUAGUGGCUGUGGCAAUGUUGAUUGAAAUUUGGAGUGCAAGGAUGGAAAAGUGGGAGGAAAGGGGACAGAAUAGAGCUGCCAGAAUCCCCAAAAAGGACCAUUCCACACUGCAACACUUCGUUGCGCGUCCCACCUGUAUAUUAAGUAAAACACAAAAUUCAAUUCAAGGUGAUUGCUUCAGGGUUUCCUUGGAGCUAGCGAUGAAGAGGGCUGGGUUUUAGGAAGGGAAACGUUCUUUAAGUUUGUAGAAUCAUGGAAUUGUAGAAGAGUUGAAAGGAACCCAGUGGGUCUGUGCAGGAAUCACAGCUAAAGGAUCCCGGAGAGAGGGCAAUGGCAGUCUUUGGGCUUUCAAAUUCCAGCAACACCCUGUGCAAGGUCAAAAUUUGGUGCCCCUACCUCCUACCUUCCAUUCUGUUCAAUUCACUAUGUCAUGGUGACAACACCCUGAUAAAGGUAAAGGGACCCCUGACCAUUAGGUCCAGUCGUGGCCGACUCUGGGGUUGCGGUGCUCAUCUCGCUUUAUUGGCUGAGGGAGCCAGAGUUCAGCUUCCGGGUCAUGUGGCCAGCAUGACUAAGCCGCUUCUGGAGAACCAGAGCAGCACACGGAAACGCUGUUUACCUUCCUGCCAGAGCGGUACCUAUUUAUCUACUUGCACUUUGACAUGCUUUAGAACUGCUAGGUUGGAAGGAGCAGGGACCAAGCAACGGGAGCUCACCCUGUUGCGGGGAUUCGAACACCCUGAUAGAUAGAUAAUAUAUUACCGUCGGAGACCAGCUUAUAAAACACGCUUAGGCGUACAAUCCCAAAAGGAAAACAAACAUUUAAAACAAUGUACAACAAUAAAUUUAAAAUUUAUAAAUGUGAUAAGCAUAUAGACACUUAAAACUUUAAGAUAAGCUACUGCAGAGAGAUGACCCAGAGUCAGCCAUGGAACCGAGUUUGGGGAUUUUCUUAAGGAACUAGUUUACGUUGGGGGAUGGUCUGUGCCUACAGAUCUGUACACAGAAUGUGGCGACCAUCCGGGUCGUCUUAUGAUCUUUGCCUAACAGGAGAAGGUCAUUUUUUUGCUUUUCUGGGAGGUCAGUAAGCCUCACCAGCAGGGGAUCAAUGGUCUCACUACGUGCCUCUUCAUAAAAGGGACAUCUAAAGAACAAGUGCUCUGGGCUUCCUAUAUCCCCCAACGAACAGGCGCAAAGUCUCUGAGCAUAUGGGACUUUGGAUCCUUCCAGGACCGGCGAGGGCAGAGCUGAGGUUCUGACAAGUGUAAAAGCCCUUCUUGCAUUUUUGGAUAUGAGAAAGAACAACGCCCUGUCUUGGGGUCCAGUUGGCAGAACUGGUCCUAACUCUACCUCUGCAGAUGGCCAUCCAACCUCUAUUUUAAAACCUCCAAUAAAGGAGAAUUAGGAUGAUCCUGUUCCGAAACAAUUGUGGCAGUAACAAAUACAAGAGUAUCUCCUGCAAGAGCUGUUUGACCGUGGAAUGGUAUUCCUCGGGAGGUUGGGGACUGUCAUGGGGAUGCAGGUGGCUGCUUGCCUUGAUGGUUGGGCUGGGCUUCCAUGGACAGAUGUAGCAAUGCUUCUGAAUACCACAGGCAUCUGCUUGGCCGCUAUGAGAACAGGAUGCUAGACUAGGUAGGACACGGGUGGCACUGUGGUCUAAACCACUGAGCCUCUUGGGCUUGCUGAUCAGAAGGUCGGUGGUUCAAAUCCCUGCGGCGGAGUGAGCUCCCGUUGCUCAGUCCCAGCUCCUGCUAACCUAGCAGUUCGAAAGCACACUAGUGCAAGCAGAUAAAUGGGAUCAUCUUAAUAGAUGGUCCUGGUUGCGGGCCUCUUGGGCUUGCUGAUCAGAAAGUCGGCAGUUCGAAUCCCCACGACAGAGUGAGCUCCUGUUGCUCUGUCCCAGCUCCUGCCAACCUAGCAGUUUGAAAGCACGCUAGUGCAAGUAGAUAAAUAGGUACCGUUUCGGCGGGAAGGUAAAUGGCGUUUCCGUGCGCUCUGGUUUCCAUCACGGUGUCCCAUUGUGCCAGAAGUGGUUUAGUCAUGCUCACCACAUGACCAGGAAAGCUGUCUGUGGAUGAACGCUGGCUCCCUUGACCUGAAGGCAAGAUGAGCGCCACAACCCCAUUGUCGCCUUUGAGUUUACUUAACCAUCCAGGGGUCCUUUACCUUUUUUACCUUUAGGGGGGACUGUCAUUCCUUGGAGGUCUUUAAGCAGAGGUUUGGUGGCCAUCUGUCAUGGAUGCUUUAGCUGAGAUUCCGGCAUUGCAGGGGGCUGGACUAGAUGACCGUAGGAGUCCCUUCCUAAGGUACAAUUCUAUAAUUUUAAACAGAUCAGGAGCACCUUUCUCCUACCAAACAGGUAACCGUGCACAGCUGGGAUCCUGGCUAAAGAUUUGUCAGGGAUGGUGAUGGAGGACUGGACAAGCUUCUUGAGACUCUUGCUUGCCAAACGAAACUUUGCCUUCCAGACUGAAACAGGAGAGGAAGCCUUUGAAAGUGCCAGCGGAAGGGUUUUAACUUAGCAAUCUGGGCCAGGGAUGAUGGAGAGGCCAAGGGAAAGGUGAACAGAUCCGUCCCUAAGUGUUUCCCUAAGUGUUUGAUAUCAAGGCAGGAUUACUACUGGAAUGACUGCAUUUUUAAAAAUGCCUUGAUCAAGAUCUCAACGAACUCAGUGGCAAAAGCGUCUGGUUCUCAGCCAGCAGCUAAAAGUCGGGGAAUGUGUCAACACUUAAAAGGCUUGGCUCCUUGAGAUGCUUAAGAUGGCAAACACGGUUAAUGGAGUAAAGCUACUUGUUUCCUCUUCCAGCUGAGUCUCUCUUCCAGCUGGCCUCUUAGGGUUGGGUCUCCCACCCAUCCACCCCACUUCAAAUGCUUUUGUGAGAAAAGGUCGCAGCGGGAGAUGCCAAGAGGUAGGGAAAAUUGCACACCCAACACUUAAAGCCCAUUUAAAACACAUGGGGGAGAAGCCUGGGAAGUGUAGUUUGCCAAUCACAGCGUGACAAUACCAGCACCCUUAAAAUAUCUACAGUUCCCAGGAUUCUUUGUGGGAAGUCAUGUGCUUUAAAUGUAUGGUGUGUAUUUGCAGCCCUGAGGAUGCCCUGAAAGAGAAAAGGCUUGGGAAACUCCUUCAACUGUCAGGAAAUGCUAAUAGUAUGAGGGAUUUUGUUGUUGUUUGGGGUGGGGUGGGGGGAAGCACGCUAAGGCCUCAUCCGCAAUUGGACCGUGCCUAGAAAACACAGACCCUCCAAGUCUCUCUAUUUUCCAGGGACAGCCCCAGAUUUACAGAAGCUGUCCUAGUUUCUCACUUGAUCCAGGAAUGUCCGGCUUUUCCUUAAAGGUAAAGGUAAAGGGACCCCUAAGCAUUAGGUCCAGUCGUGGCCGACUCUGGGGUUGCGGUGCUCAUCUCGCUUUAUUGACCGAGGGAGUUGGCGUAAAGCUUCCGGGUCAUGCGGCCAGCAUGACAAAGCCACUUCUGGCGAACCAGAGCAGCGCAUGGAAACGCCGUUUACCUUCCCGCUGGAGCGGUACCUAUUUAUUUACUUGCACUUUUAUGUGCUUUCGAACUGCUAGGUUGGCAGGAGCAGGGACCGGGCAACAGGAGCUCACCCCGUCGUGGGGAUUUGAACCGCCGACCUUCUGAUCGGCAAGUCCUAGGCUCUGUGGUUUAACCCACAGCGCCACCCGCAUCCCUGGCUUUUCCUUAGGACAUCCCUAUUUUCAUCGGAGAAAUAUUGGCGUAUAUGGAGUUAUGCAACCCCUGAACCAAGGAGAUAAGGAACUAGACAACCUUUAGAAGACAUCUGAAGGCAGGCCUGUAUAGGGAAGCUUUUGAAUGUUUAAUUAUGUUUUUAUACAUGUUGGAAGCCGCCAAGCAUGGUUGAGGCAACCCAGUCAGAUGGAUGGGGUAUAAAGAUUAUCACAGUGGUACCUUGGGUUACAUAUGCUUCAGGUUACAUAUGCUUCAGGUUACAGACUCCGCUAACCCAGAAAUAGUACCUCGGGUUAAGAACUUUGCUUCAGGAUGAGAACAGAAAUCGUGCUCAUGCGGCACAGCAGCAGCAGGAGGCCCCAUUAGCUAAAGUGGUGCUUCAGGUUGACCACAAACUUGACAUGAGCCAACAGUGUGACGCGGCAGCUAAAAAAGCCAAUGCAAUUCUGGGCUGCAUCAAUAGGAGUAUAGCAUCUAGAUCAAGGGAAGUAAUAGUGCCACUGUAUUCUGCUCUGGUCAGACCUCACCUGGAGUACUGUGUCCAGUUCUGGGCACCACAGUUCAAGAAGGACACUGACAAACUGGAACGUGUCCAGAGGAGGGCAACCAAAAUGGUCAAAGGCCUGGAAACGAUGCCUUAUGAGGAACGGCUAAGGGAGCUGGGCAUGUUUAGCCUGGAGAAGAGGAGGUUAAGGGGUGAUAUGAUAGCCAUGUUCAAAUCUAUAAAAGGAUGUCACAUAGAGGAGGGAGAAAGGUUGUUUUCUGCUGCUCCAGAGAAGCGGACACGGAGCAAUGGAUCCAAACUACAAGAAAGAAGAUUCCACCUAAACAUUAGGAAGAACUUCCUGACAGUAAGAGCUGUUUGACAGUGGAAUUUGCUGCCAAGGAGUGUGGUGGAGUCUCCUUCUUUGGAGGUCUUUAAGCAGAGACUUGACAACCAUAUGUCAGGAGUGCUCUGAUGGUGUUUCCUGCUUGGCAGGGGGUUGGACUCGAUGGCCCUUGUGGUCUCUUCCAACUCUAUGAUUCUAUGAUUCUAGGUUAAGAACAGUUUCAGGUUAAGAACAGAGCUCUGGAAUGAAUUAAGUACUUAACCUGAGGUAGCACUGUAUUAUUAUUAUUAUUAUUAACAUUAUUAUUAUUGAAUAGGACACCCCUAUUUUCAUUGGAGAAAUGUUGGAGGGUAUGAAAGCCUGGGGCUGAGUGUUUUGCCAUUGCCUCACCACUUUCCCUCGGAGAACUCACUCUUUAGCGCUAAAUUGGAACAAACAGCAAUUCGCGGAAAACCUGAUUGCUGUUUGUUCUGGUUCGGCACUGAUCUGUGGGUUUUCCCAGGGGAAACAGCAGGGCAAACAGAAGAAUGGACAAGCCCCCCUGUUGAUAAGCAUGAGCCACUGAUGUAGCGACUUGAAUGCAGCACAGAGCCACAGGAAACCCCGGCAAGCGUUGCUAUGUUAGGAAGAUUGUUUAUGCAGCAAGCUGAAAUCCAUUGUUCGGAUGACACACACAGUUGUGGUCACUUAGGGUGCCAUGGCAAAUUUGGGACAAACAAGGGUGUUCAGCCUGAUUGAUGGGGCUUCUCCAUCUGCAAGUUCCCUGGAUACGUUCCCCUUCGUUUCUUCUCUUGCCACACCCGUGUCCUUGGUGAUGACAUUUAUUCCCCUAACAUUGGUUUGGUCGCAAUCCAUUGUGGUUCUGUUUAAAAAAAGGAAAAGUUGGGGGUGGAGAGCGGUUCAUAUUCCCCCUUUGCUGUUCUUAAAUCGCUUUCUGAGUAAGUGCCUAUUUUAGUAGUUGCAUCUGUACCUAUCUUGCUGAGAUCAGCGGAGUUUUAAUUUAUUUCUCCCUGUGGCAAAACGCUUUGGCUUCCAGCUUCAUCAGAUGCGGCUUUCCCCCUUUCCCCUCUUUCAUAAUAGUAAAACUUUGGGUCACCCAAACACACACACACACUGGCAGGAGAUUCAGCCUGGGCCAAUAGAAAUACUUACUGUAUUUUUUGCUCUAUAAGACUCAUUUUUUCCCUCCUAAAAAGUAAGGGGAAAUGUGUGUGCGUCUUAUGGAGCGAAUGCAGGCUGUGCAGCUAUCUCAGAAGCCAGAACAGCAAGAGGGAUUGCUGCUUUCACUGCACAGCAAUAUCUCUUGCUGUUCUGGCUUCUGAGAUUCAGAAUAUUUUUUUUUUCUUGUUUUCCUGCUCCAAAAACUAGGGGGGCCAUUGCCCCAGGUGAAAUUUCUUCAAGGAAGCAUUUUGCUCCACAUGUCAGCCCCACACUGCCUUGCAAAUCCAAUACCACAUUCCAGCCUCGCAAAGCAGCAUAAUCUGGACUGAUUCCGUCUGAUCUGGACAGACUGAAAGGGCGAGUGCUUGCCCUGCUGCCCCCUCCUCAUAUCGCCCCCCGUGCCCCACACCACUGGCAUGCUGGUGCAUGAACACCCUGGGCGCCAUGAGGACACACUCUGGCACUGGUAGAGCACCUCUGCCUUGCAUGCAUGAGAUCCCAGUUUCAUUCUCCAGCAUCUCUCUAAAACCCUGGGGAGAAAGCUCUUGCUUGUCUGCAUAGAGAAUAGUGAACUAGAUAGGCAAGGUAAAAGGACCCCUGGAUGGUUAAGUCCAGUCAAAUUUGACUAUGGGGUGCGGCGCUCAUCUCUGCUUUCAGGUUGAGGAAGCCGGUGUUUGUCCACAGACAGCUAGGUCUCUGUAAGGCAGCGGUUCUCAACCUGUGGGUCCCCAGAUGUUGUUGGACUACAAACCCCAUCAUCCCUAGGCUCUGGCCUUGCUAGCUAGGAGUCAUGGGAGUUGUAGUCCAACAACAUCUGGGGAACCACAGGUUGAGAAAGGCUGUUGUAAGGUAAAAGGUAAAGGUAAAGGACCCCUGGAUGGUUAAGUCCAGUCAAAUUUGACUAUGGGGUGUGGCACUCAUCUCUGCUUUCAGGCCAAGGGAGCCAGCAUUUGUUCACAGACAGCUUUCCGGGUCAUGUGGCCAGCAUGACUAAACCGCUUCUGGCACAACGGGACACCGUGACAGAAACCAGAGCACACGGAAACGCCGUUUACCUUCCUGCCGCAGUGGUACCUGUUUAUCUAUUCGUGCUGGCGUGCUUUCAAACUGCUAAGUUGGCAGAAGCUGGGACAGAGCAACAGGAGCUCACCCCACCGUCAUGGGGAUUUGAACUGCCGACCUUCUGAUUGGCAAGCCCAAGAGACUCGGUGGUUUAGACCACAGCACCACCCAUGUCCCUGAGCUAGAUAGACAAAUAGAUUGACCCAGUUUAAGGCAGUUUUUUACGAUCCUAAAGAUGCUGGACUCAAUCUCUUUUCAGCCCAAUACAGCAAGACUCUUCUUGUGUUCCUUCCCUCCCUCCCUCCUCCUCUAUUUCCCCAACAUAGCGUUGCCCAUGGCAACCAUUUGUUUAUUUGGGAGACGUCAAUUGGAUCCUUUUGGGGGGGAGGGCUAAACUUGCUCAUGACGAUCUGAAGUCAUUGCAAACGACUUCAUUUGCAUGACCCCCUCCAGGGUGGCUGCAAGUGAUUCGAACAUCCUUUCCAAUAACAGCCACACAGGGCCCUGUUUCUUGACAGAAGCUUGUUCCAUGAUCCAGCUAUUAAUUCAGUUGAGGCAAAACCCCAUGCAACACAUUUGCUUUCCCCAACAGUGUCCUGGGAUGAUGCAUCAUCUCUUGGUACAUAUAAACCAGGGGUCAGCAAACUUUUUCAGCAGGGGGCCAGUCCACUGUCCCUCAGACCUUGUGGUGGGCUGGACUAUAUUACGGGGGAAAGAAAUGAACAAAUUCCUAUGCCCCACAAAUAUCCCAGAGAUGCAUUUUAAAUAAAAGGAUACAUUCUACUCAUGUAAAAACACGCUGAUACCCAGACCAUCUGCAUGCUGGAUUUAGAUCCGGCCGGAUCUGGCCCCUGGGCCUUAGUUUGCCUACCCGUGAUAUAAACAAUGAGCCACUUGCGGUAAACUUUGCUGCUGUUUCCAAACUGCUUGUGUUUGUGCAGGGCGAGUUGUCAGUGUAACAUCUGCCUUGCGGAGAAAACUUAAGGAGGAUCGAGCUGGAACUGCUAGCCCACAAAUUCACGGACCACUUUACGUUUCCUUCGUCUUACAGCUUCUCUUGAGAAUCAUACUCCUUGCAUUGUUCUCCUGAGAUGCAGUUCAGUUGAUUUCUUGAACACUUUUCCUUUUGUGGUUGUGUUUUUCCACUGUAAACUUCUAAACUAUGGUUUAUUUAUUGUAACCCAUCCUAUUGAAAACUGUCUUGCUAAACCUACUCGCUCACACCCUUUAGUUUGCCAUGUCCAAAGCCUUUCUGAUUUAUUCCCAUCUGUCUUUCACCUCCCUCCAUGAAAAGCAUUCCCACAGGGAUGAGACAAUGGCAUCCUCUAAACAAGACAACUCAGCAAACGGAAUGGUUCUGCACUGGCAACCAUGAAUGAGAGACCCAAAGAAAUACAGAUAGUUACUGUCUGUCUGCUAGGCUCAUAAUACUCUUCUUUUUAUAUACCUUGAAGCUAAAGGGGACCAUAAUUCUUCUCUUUACAGUCUGUUACCCCCACCUGCAACUAAAGCACACAAAAAUGAUUCCUGGUUUCCUGCCAUGCUCUAGAGUUAUUGGGGAUCUGCCAGUUUGUUGUUAGUUGAGGUUGGCUGAGGAAUGAGCCAUGCUUUCUCUCUGACAAGGACUGGAGCACCUUAGUCUGAAAAUGAGGGGCUGCUUGCUUGCCCCGCCUCUCUGAAGAAACCCCACCCCUGACAUGGUAGUUGCUUAAUAAUAAUAAUAAUAAUAAUAAUAAUAAUAAUAAUAAUAAAAAAUUUUAUUUAUACCCCACCCUCCCCGGCCAGAGCCGGGCUCACAGCGACUAACACCAGUAAAAUUACAGUAAAAACAUAAUAGGAAAAACCCCCAAUUUAAAAUACAGGUUAAAAUGCAAUUUAAACUGCAGCCUCAUUUUAAUAGUAGCCCAUAGAUCAAAACCAUAAGGGGAGGGAAACAGAAGGGUCAGACUGAGUUCAAACCAAAGGCCAGGCGGAACAGCUCUGUCUUGCAGGCCCUGCGGAAAUAUGUCAAGUCCCGCAGGGCCCUAGUCUCUUGUGACAGAGCGUUCCACCAAGUCGGGGCCAGUACUGAAAAGGCCCUGGCCCUAGUUGAGACCAAUCUAACCACCUUGCGGCUCGGGACCUCCAAAGUGUUGUUAUUUGUGGACCUUAAGGUCCUCUGUGGGGCAUAUGCAAAGAAGUCCCACCAGUUCCAGAAGUGGUGCAAACUUGGAUAGAAAGCUCUACCUCCUGCUCUUGCUGAUUGCAUGAACUGGGGAAUCCAGUUAGGAACAUCAGUUGAUGAAAUAGAGAAGUCCUUCCAAGCUUUUACAGAACCCCAAUUAGAAACGUCGCUAGUUCUGGGUUUGGAAGAAUGUCAAAAUGCGUCUCAAAAUUUCCCUAGGGGCAAAACAAGGGGGCACCUGCUUGUGGGGUGGUCUCCAGUGGGGUGAUACUCUUCUCCACCCCUGUCCCUAAACGAUCAGCACUCGGUAUGUCCUCAGCAUGCUCUGUUCUCAUUAGGCUGUUUUUAGACACCCCUCCCCCAGUUUUUCCACCCUCUAAAGGUAUUUUGCACUUCUGCAAACUUUAGAGUUUGCUUGAGUCUGCUGACACAUCUGUGUAUAGAUAGUGCUGUUUCUGCUGCAGAAACUGUGGCAUUUGUAGAAUCGCAGAAUUGGGAGGGACCCAAAGGGUCCCCCUGCAAUGUGGGAAUCACAGCUCAACUUCAGAAACAGAGCAAUAGAUUCCAUGCGGACUGUCACCCAGCCUCACCCACCUCAAGCCUGGAGUGGUACAGUCCAUGAAAUGUUCAAUUCCUUGAUUCUGCUGAAAUUGGACCUCUAGAUGUGGUGUGUGAGAAAGGUCCAACUGAUGGUAUGGAAUUCAUGAUGCCCAGAUGACCCUGUUCCUCUUCUUCUUUCUCCUUCUUUCUCCUUCUUCUUUCUUUGGCGAUCAUUCAUAGUCAAGUAAGAUUGUCUUCCAUAAACACAGUCUUAACAGUGAGUCCGUAAUUCUGGAUCCACACGUCCUUCCACAGUGGGGACAUUGGUUUCCAGGUGGGAGUUGGUCACGGUGUGGAUUUGCCAAGUGUGCCUUCCUCAUAGCACGUUUCUCCCUUGCGCCCUGAGUUCGAGUGUCUUCAAAGCCCAUGACACCUUUGGUAAAGGCUGUUCUCCAACUAGAGCACUCGCAGGCCAGUGUUUCCCAGUUGUCAGUGUUUAUACUACUUUUUUUUUAUUUGCCUUGAGACAGUCUUUAAACCUCUUUUGUUGACCACCAGCAUUACACUUUCCAUUUUUAAGUUCGGAAUAGAGUAGUUGCUUUGGAAGACAAUCAUCAGGCAUCCGCACAACAUGACCAGUCCAACGAAGUUGAUGUUGAAGAACCAUUGCUUCAACACUGGUGAUCUUUGCUUCUUUUAGUACACUGAUAUUAUUUCACCUGUCUUCCCAAGUGAUGUGUAAAUUUUUUUGGAGACACCGUUGAUGGAAUCUUUUAGGAGUUGGAGAUGGCGUUCAUAAGUGGUCCAUGUUUCACAAGCAUACAGUAAGGUUGGUAGUACUGUCCUAGUGGGAUGGUUUGACCUCUGAUUUGCAUGUGGGAAUUGCAAAUUCAUAAGGCCAGAGCCAUAAGGCAAGGUGAGGUGGCUACUUCAGGCAACAGGAUCCAAUGGGAUCCCGGUGUCAAACUUUCUUGUCUGCCCCAUUCCUGAUGUAGAUCUUCCAUGACCCCUUCUUCCCUGGUGGGGAAGGGUGGGGAUGCCAUUUUAGGGCCCAGCUCGGGCGCCAAAAUGUCUUAGGCCAGCCUUGUCUCUCCUUAAAUCCUUCCUGCACGUGCAACCCAUCAAAGGAAGAAGAGGCUUCUCCAUUGCGUGCUAGCUUUGCAAGCUGAGGGAGAUUUUAACAUCUGCGAGAGCUCAGUUUUAUAGACGUUUAAUAACCCUGUCCAAACAUUUCCUUUUGCAACCUUUUGCAUUCUGGUUUACUGAAGUUUUAUGGGUACACUCAAAGUUUUUAAUGCACCGUGGCCAUAUUUUGCAUGCAAUUGAAAUUAUUGCUGGGGUGGGCUUUCUGUUAUAGAUUCUUGAUGCAGAUUUUCAUAGUGUUUUCUCCAUCAGUUGUGUGCGUGUGAUGAACCAGCCAAUCCCAGUUUAUACCAAAACGAAUUUAAUCGCAGAUAUCCUGUUACCUAAUGAAAGGCUGUUUUGAUCGUAAGGGACCGUGCUUUGCACACUAUGGUAUCCUCUUGCAUAACAAACAAAUAGCAUAAUUUUUCCUGCCGUGUUCAACAAUCUUCCCCUCCCCAUUUGCUACCCUUUGUAAAAAUAACAAUGAUAAUCUAACAGGGGCAGAGGAUAUCUAGCUGCUGGGAAAGAAUGUAGGCUGGUUUACCUUGAUCCAGUUCAAUUUCCUGUUUCUUUCUUUUUAUGUAAGCGAGAUAGCAAUGGAUAUGAAACAUUCUCUCUUCAUUACUCUCACGCUUCCUUAAAACUCUGGAAAUGGGUCUCCUGUUAUGGAAGCAACAAUGCGCCAGAGCUUGUUUAUGCAACCAUAACACAAAGGUCAGGUUAGUUUCUGAGCAGAAAUCAAACUCCUGGUUUUGACCUAUAAAGCCUCAGGUGGCUAAGGACCCCAAUACCUCCAGGACCACCUCACUCCACAUGAAUUGAACGGGACCCUGAGAUGGUCAACUGAGGCUCUUCUCCACGUGCCCCUUCCAUGGCAGGUCCUGAGAGUGGCAACAUGAGAAUGGGCCUUUUCUGUGGUGGCUCCCCACUUGUGGAAUGCUCUGGCACCAUCCUCAACAAUUUUUCGAUGUCAGGUUAAAAGCUUUCCCUUUUAUCCAGGCCUUUUGUCCUUAAUUUGAAGGGCACCAUGCUGCAGGAUCUGUAGAAUAUGUAUAAAUUGGGUUUUAUGUGUUUAUUGAUUUUGUCCGUUUUAAUUGACUUUAAUGUUUAGACUGUUUUUGUAAGUCGUUUUGGGAGACAGACAGACAGACAGACAGACAGACAGACAGAUAAAGGGUGCCAUUUUGAAGUUUUCAUUAGGAGAUAAUAUCCUUGGUCCAGGACUUUAUUACCUAGUUUUCUUUGACGUAUUAAACCUGGGUCUGUUCUAUACCAUAUUAGAGGCUGACAUCUCAGGGUGCUUCUCCGUAUAAAAACAACCAAAAACUAGAUGUCCAGGAGAGAGAUUCUUACUUAGUGUUUUCCCUGACAGGCUAGCUUUCUGUGAGCAGACUGCAAAUGAUGGCUUUUUCACCCCAAAUGUGUUGGCUCCGCUAAGCGCGUGUAUGGAUAUUGUUAGCGAGGCAGUGGGAGACGAUGAUGGCUCUAGAUAUGAGUGGAUCCGAAAACAUGAAAGAAACCAGCAAAUGUUGAAAGGCAAAGCAUUCUACCCAAAAGCCAUGCAUUAAAGUCUUCUCUGAAGCCACAGCAAAUAUUUAUCUCCAGGAAAUUGCACUUCAAUUUUUGGAGAACAGAUUACUUUCAAGUUUUUCUGAGCACGAUUUCCUGUGCUUUUCCUAUCCCAGACUGGGCACAAGAUGAGUUCAACAUGUUGCUGUAAUGUAUGUCUUUGUAAAAUAAAAUCCUGGAUGUAGCGAUAGACCGUGCUAUCAGCUUGUUUUAAUAAUAUCUUGAACUGUUUCCCACUUCUUAUUGUCUUAUUGUGUAACUGGUGAUGGCCUUUGCUGUGCCGUGAAGAUUUGGAAAAGAAAGAGGGGAAUGAAAUGGGUGGUUUAAUUUUAAUAAUAACUUUACGGUGUUUCCUGCAAAUCUCCUAGGAAGCUCCUAUACAGCUUCCCAGAUUCACACAAUGCCAUUUUUCACACUGGGUGCAUGAGAACAGGUCUGCUGCUGUUUUCAAGAAUCUGCAUGUGUAGAAUUUCUUCGUAACACAGUGAACAUCUGCUGUUCUCACUUCUCGAAGUGAAACGCACAAAUUCACAGCUGUGCAUUCCCAAGCUUUGCCACAUCGCGUUUUCCAAAGUUGAUUUGUUGUGUUUGAGAUCAUUCCCAAAGUAAAUCAAGGAGUACCAGAAGCAGGGUGUUUAUCCUCAGAUGUGGGGAAAAUUGACAUUAACGUACUAACAAUGUGGGGGCUCAUUUAUCUAGAAAAGUGCAUUGAAUAUGAGUUUGCAUAGUCUGAAAAUUUCCAAGAAAUAGCUUUAGGUACCCAGAACAUUGAAGGCAUUCCCUCCCUUUGAAAAAUGAAGGCUAGAUGUUUGCUGCUGACUUUUAUCCUCUUAGAUACUGAUGACCUUUUACAUCAGAGAGCAGAUGUCUAGUUCCAAUUAGCACAUUCCCUAGGAAAAGGUACCACUUGGACAAGUUGGUGCAAGCCACAACAGCAGCAAUUCAUAUCUGGUUGGCUGGGUUCAUGCUUCUAUCUUGUAUCACCCAAUUCUGUUUUGAUCAGGAUGCUGUUCUCAACAGCUAGGACUGUGAACCUGUUACCUUUCCUCUUUUGACAGUGCAAACUGUAGGCUCAUGCCAAUCCACACCACUUGUUGCAAGUAGAGAUGGGAAAUUUGUUUUGGUUUUCAUUUAAAUGUGACCCUACCUAAUUCACAGUUCUGGAAGCAACACCCAAAGUAAAACGCUUCUCUGAAUUUUGCAAUGCAGUCCUCCAGCCAAGUAAGGUUUACAAAAGUGCAUACACUGAGCUGAAGUGUGCACCUGUCUGUGAAAACAGCGUACAUAAAUUGCAUUGCAUUAGGGGAUGUUGUAUUGCAAAAAAAAUAUGUGUAUCUCACGCAAAAAAAAAGUGCACGGUAGGAAAAAUUCACCGUAAAAUACUGAUGAAUUUUCGUGAGGGUUUUCUCUCUCUCUCUCUAAAGCAAACUAAUGUGGAAAACUGAAAUUAAGAGAAGGAAAACGAGAAACCAAUAGAAGCCAAAACAGAUUUUCCCAUCCCUAAUUGUUGAUCUGGUCUACAGAGUGAGGGAGUGAGAAACCUAAGUAGGGAGUGAAUGCUUUCUUGAGUUUCGAACUCAGACUGUCCUUCAGAUCCUGUACUUCUUCAGAUUUCUAAAUGCAGUCAUCAGUUCAGAAGCACGCUAACGUUUGUAGCGACUGCCAUUAAAAUAAGGGCACAAUGAUGUGCUGCGAGUUUUAAAUUACAUCGUUUUAAUUUAGUCUGUCCACUGUUUAUCUUCCCAGUUCUGUUUGCAUAUCUUUGUAUUUCCUACACAAACAGCCAUGGCUGGGUGGCUGAUAGGUUUUUCAGUCAAGAACAGACAAUUUGGAAAUGUUGGUAGCAGACUUAUUUAAUUAUGUUGGCUUGGACAGCCUGCACAGAAACUUUGUUUGUUUGUUUCAGGUUCUCCUUGUUAGGUUCUAACCUAUAAUAUCCAUUGUCCGUAAGAUUUAUUGUAUUUCUCCUAAACUUUGGACUGGCCCUGCUCACACAGAGGAGUUCUGGGUUCUGAGUCAUCAAGUGGCAAAAUGCUUAUGUGAAGGAGACCCUAAUACUGAACUGUUGCUUGUGUGAAAUUCUCCAUCUCAGAUACAGGAUUCGCAGGUAGAAUAUUGCCUCCUUCAGCAUGUAAGAAAUAACUUCUCCUUCUCUUGGCCUUGCCCUCUCACAGCUGGCAAAUGGAAUCAAUCCAGGACAAGGCCUUGGCAUCGAGAUCAUUGCUACCUUGCAGUUGGUGCUCUGUGUGCUUGCCACGACAGAUAGGAGGAGGACCGACGUCACUGGAUCGGCACCUUUGGCCAUUGGCCUCUCAGUGGCCCUGGGGCAUCUUCUUGCUGUGAGUAUAAAGUUGGAUCAGGGAACGCUUUGCAGUCUCUGGGACUGCAAAGCACAUUAGGGCAUCCGCUUGUGAACUGCCGAGGAUGAGCAAAUGCAUAACACACACACACAGGCAGAAGAAGCUGCCCAUUUGCAUAAAGCCUGCAUAUGCUAAGUUGUGCAUAUGCUAAGUUGUGAAAUGAAAUAGAAAUGAACUGCAUCUUGCUAUAGGGGAAGUUACCAGAGACUUCUGUGCCAGCUUAGUCUGCUGCCAGGUGCUUUGGAGAGAUGGCUUCAGUUACUUCAAACAGAGCUGAAAACAAAACUAGGUCUCUCCACACACAGCCUGCAUUCAAGCCUGUUUCCUCCUGAAGAGAGAUAUUUAGCACACCAUCCUCUUUGGUGGCUUGAGAGAGAACCAAGACUAACUCACACAAAAUGGAGAUUUGUAACUGAAUACCCCUCGUGUGUGAUCUAAGUUAAACACCACGUGAGAGGGUAGCAGAGAUACAUCAACAGUUCAUCAUUUACCUGUUAGAUUCUCCUUUGUUCAGCUACAGUGGAAGUUUCCAUGCUGUUUAUUUAGCAGCACAAAAUACAGAGUUAUACAGAGUUGUUUUCCACUUCAGUGUGCAGUUAAACAAUUAUACUUAACAAAUGAGAGGUCCUCUGCAAAGCAGGACACAGGUUCAUCUUGAGUUGUAUUCAAAAAAGGAUGCAGUAAAGAAUAUAGAACCAGGAUCAGCAGGGAUGGAGGUGGUGAUCCAAAGGUCUCUUUCCCUAGAAUGGCCUUUUGCUCAUGGGUGCUGCCACUUACACACAACUCCUCUGCUCUGGGUUUAGUUAUAAAAUGGUAUAGAAGGUACCUCAUACCCGGGUCAGACUAUUGGUCUGAAGAACACUGUGAUGUCCACCUCUUCCUGAUCCAUAUCCGAGUCCUGACAAACAUAAACUCAUAAGAGGAGCCCACUUAGACCACUAUCCUCUUCUCACAACAGCUAGUCAGAUGCCCAUGGAAGUCGACAAGCAGGACUUGAGUACAACAGUGUUCUCCCCACCUGUGAGUCCUAGAAUUGGGUGUAGAGAGGUAUACUGCCUCUGCAAUGGAUGCUGCCAGGAACAGUGCUGAGGAGGGCUGCACUGAGGAAGAAUGGUGGCAGCCACCCCUCUCCUUCUGAUCCUGAUCCUGAAUUUUCCCAGGAGCAGGAGGACAGUAUAGAUUUGGAAAAGUGGUUUGCAGAGGGGCAUAGUUCAGAAGGCAGAAGCUGGGAAAUACUGGAUGGGGAAUAGCUAGGAGAAGAAACACUGGAAGAGAGAGAGAGUUAACAGAUUCACUGUCUCUGGGUAGUAUCCACCCCCCUUCCCCAAAGUCCCGGAGAGCUCAGAAAGUGUCAGAACAGAAAGCACAGAGGCUACAAACUCAGAUUACAAGAUGUAGGAGUGACACAGAUUAAUAGGGACGGAGGGAGGAGUGACCUUAACUGGGAGCACCGCCAUUCUGGUUAGAUGCUUUCCUUUGUCCUUCGCUUUGUUUAUUAAAGAAAUUAACUGGUAAGAAUUCCCUUUCAUUUGAUCUGCUCAUUUACGGCCACAGGGGAGGAAGUUGAUUCCCCGAAGCCUGACAGAUGCUCUCUUCGAGGGAUGCUUCCUGAGAUCUUUUUCACUGGAAAUGUGGAAAAGUAGUUUCAACGUGCAACUGGAUAUGAAUUAGCUACCCAUUUGCAUUUGGGAGGUAGACAGGGUCCCUCAACAGACUGCUGAUACCUGAUAGAAAACCUGCCUCCUUGUGAUUGUUGCUCUCUCCUCACUCACCUUAGAUUGACUAUACUGGUUGUGGAAUCAACCCUGCAAGAUCUUUCGGGUCCGCUUUGAUCACCACUAACUUCACCAAUCACUGGGUAAGUUUCAGGUCUUAACACUGAAAUGGGUGCCCGUUUGCAGAGGUACUUGUGGUAUGUGCUACUUGUGGUAUGUGCUGGAAGCAGAGGAGAGUUCUGUUGCGACUGUCGGUUGCCAUUUCCGCCUGCUAUUUGUGGGUUGCCCAUAUAGGAGAUAUGAUAGCCAUCUUCAAAUAUCUGAAGGGCUUUCACACUGAAGGUGGAGCAGACCUGCUCUCUGCUUCUCCAGAGGGUGAGACCAGAACCAGUGGAUUCAAAUUGCAAGGAGAUUCUGGCUAAACAUUAGGAAGAACGUUCUGGCUGUUAGACAGUAGAAUGGACAGCCUUGGAAAGCUUCAUUGCAGUUUAAAAGAGAGGUUAGAAGGCCAUCUCUCAGGGAUUAUUUAUCUGUGAUUUCUGCAUUUGAGGAGGGUUGGACUAGACACACCUGUUUGUUCGUUUGCAAUAUUACAACAACAACAACAACGACAACAACACAGAGACUGGAUUAAAAAGGGAAGCAAAUAACUUAGCAGGGUGCUGUUACCAAGCUAUGGGCAAAACUAAAACUAAUCAGAUCUUCUUAGCUUCUUUUCCCUGCUGGUGUCACCCAGAACUAAUCACCUGUAUACAACCAGUUCUAAAUCACUUUAGUUCCUGCUCACAUUACACCGCCUAUUGACUACAGCACUAUUCAUCUUCUUCUCUAAAAAUCUUCUCUUGGGUGGAGACAGUUUGAGGACCUCUCUUCACUGCCAGGAAAUGAUGAACUGGCAGGGGGUGGAAAUAAUAAUAAUAAUAAUAAUAAUAAUAAUAAUAAUAAUAAAUUUUAUUUAUACCCCGCCCUCCCCAGCCAAGACCGGGCUCAGGGCGGCUAACACCUGAUAUAAAACAAUUGAUCGAAAUACAGCUUAAAAAACAAGAUUAAAAUACAACAUUAAAACAUUAAAAUGCAGCCUCCUUUCAGUGGAAACUCAAAUCAAAAACUUUUUUGGGGAUAAAACGUCAUGUCUUCACUAAGGCUAACUAUCCAGACUGGUCCUACGUGGGCCAGAAAAAAGCCAGGUAAGUCCCCAAAUAGGAGUUCCAUCACAGAGGGAGAAAGGAAAAAAGAAAGAGGGGGAGGGAAUCAAAUUGAUUCCAAGCCAAAGGCCAGGCGGAACAACUCUGUCUUACAGGCCCUGCAGAAAGAAAUCAGAUCCUGCAGGGCCCUGGUCUCAUGAGGCAGAGUGUUCCACCAGGCUGGAGCCAGGGUUGAAAAGGCCCUGGCUCUGGUUGAGGCUAAUCUGACUUCCUUAGGGCCCGGGACCUCUAGGGUGUUGCUUAUGCCUCUGAAAUAACUGGUUGCAAAAUGGCAAUGUUUCUCUGGGAACUGCUCUGUCAAAUGUGUCUUCCAUUGACCUUGCAUUUCAGAUUUUCUGGGUUGGCCCGCUGAUUGGAGGGGCCAGCGCCGCCCUCAUCUAUGACUUCAUCCUGGCUCCUAGGAGCAGCGACGUAACCGAUCGCAUGAAGGUCUGGACCAGUGGCCAGGUGGAAGAAUAUGAUCUCGAUGCCGAUGACUCCAGGGUGGAGAUGAAACCAAAAUAGAGGCGAACCGAGACAGGAAGAAAAAGAAGACAAACAAAACCAAUCUCCGAAGAUUUUUAUCAGUAUUAUAGACUCUUUGUAAAGCAACAAGCAAUUCUUCCCAAAAAUUUUAUAAGUCAUUAGAGUUUUCCUUCUCUUAUUUCGUGCCUAUUCUUUCCAGACUUUUAGAUCUGUGGCUGCACAGUGAGACAAAACAAAAUUGGUGGGGCGGGGGGAGGAGAUGUCUAUAUUUUGUACUAUAUAUGUGUGAAAGAGCUAGGGAGAAGAUUUGCAGUAAUGAUUCUGGAAGUCCAAGUUUAGAUUUCUUAAUCCAAAGGGACUGGCUUCUCCUGCAGUUUGAUGGGCAUAUUGCAAUGAAGCCCACAUGUUCAACAGCCUACAGGCAGUCAGAAAGGGAUACCUGAAGAGAUUUCACCUGCCAAAUUCUAGAAAUGAAAAAAAAAGUAAAUGGAAGUGCCUGGUGAGAAGAUUUUGAACACGGAAGGCCAAUUUUGAUAUGCUGCAGAUUGUGCCGAUCUCUAGAAAGUGUCUGAGACACCAGAAGUGGUUUGUUGUUUUUUAAAAAUCACAUGCAGACCCAUUUAAGAACAGGUUCCAGAAAGAAGUUGGUGUUAUUUAGUGCUAUUUUUCCAGAAAAAGAGGUGCUGGAACUCACCAUGAACACCUCCCUUGUUUUCUUAUAAUGGCAAUGGCACCCACCUGAGUUCUGGUGAGUUCCAGCUGAAAAAAAGCCCUGGUGUUACUUAGGCGCAUACUCUUACUUACAAAUCAUAUGCGUUUAUAUAUUAUAUGCAUGUCGCUGCAUACAAAAUCCAAAAGAGAGGCAUAAGGCUAAAGUAUGGAAUAUCUCUUAUUUCUUACAACUUGAAAGGACUUCUCUUCCCCUUUGUAGACAUCUGUUGGCAAUUUAUUUAUUUUCAAAGCCACACCUUGACGAAAAGUUGGCAAGGGCCAGGUAUAAUUUUUGUCACCUGGCCCACCGAUAGCCCUGGAGAUCAAAGGCUAGCAUACCAGCUACCAGGAAAUUCCCAAGUCAAGCGUCAAUGAAAUUAGUGGGGGUUAACACAAUUGGUUUUUCAAAGCUCCCCUACAUUCCCAAUGAGGUUUGUGCAGGAUACUGGGUUGUGCCAGUAAACAUUAUUGUAUGUAAUUAACGUCAGCCCAGGUUUAUUCAUGUCUGUUAACACGCAUUCCUCUUCACGAUGCACCAUUAAUUCUGCCGCAUGUAAAAACGCUACCGACUCCCAAUAAAUGUUUACACCUUAUAGUUUUGCAUGUAUGUAAACUGUAUCUGUACAUACCCAUAUUAUAAAUCAGCUCCCCGCCCCGCCCCCACCAACCUGCUUUGGGAUGACAUCAGUCAUCAACUCCAAUCAACAUAGCAGCGAAUGAUGGGAUUUGUAGUCCAAAACAUCAGAAUGGGGCCAGAGAAUACAUGUCUAAAGAAUAAAUCAAAUAUUUUCACAAUUUUUCAUAAAUUUCAAAUCAGGAAAAAGUUCCAAAUUCUUUUAUUGUUCAGAAGUUUGCUUUGAGGGAUACUUAACGUAAAGUAUCAAAAUUUUGUGGAUGGGUUUUAUAGCAACAAUGUUGUGCAUUAGCUUGAACUCAUUAGUUUUGCAAGUUUAUUUAAUAAUAAUAAAAUAAAUUUUUAUUUGUACCCCAUCCUCCCCGGCUGGAGCCGGGCUCAGAGCGACUAACAUCAUAUAAAUAAUACAAUAUGCAUAAAAACAAGCAGUUGAUCGAUUAAAAUGCAUCCCAAAAUUAAUUCAAAUAAAUUAAAAUUAAAACUGGGCAAAUGACAAUCCUCAGUUUAAAACUGAAAGUGAUUAAUACUCAAAAGGACCAACUGUUUCUAUUGAUAUUAUAAGGACCUGUGAAACCUUUCUCCCCCAUGAUGACAUCCCAACAGCAACGAAAAAUGCAGUCCUAUCCCAGAUUAGGAAUAUCGGAGGAAAAAAUAGAUGGGGAUAAUCUGAACUGGAUUUCUACAAAUGAAUUUAAAUUAGAAGAAUGUACUGGAAAAAAAACCACUUCAGUCCUAAAUCCUCAAUAAACAGCAGUAACCAGGAAAAAGAUACAAUGAUAAUUUUUCCUUUAUCUCUCUUUCAAGAGCAACAUCCAUUUCCCAAGGCAUUCUGGAGUAGUUCAGUUCUCACAACAGCCCCGUUAGGUAGGCAAGAUGGAGCGAUAGGGACUGUUCCGAGGUCACCCAUUGAGCUGAGCUAUAUGGCAAAGUGGGAAUUUGAUUCAAACUCUGUGUAGUUUAACUCUGGCACUAUUUACUUGACCUUUCUGGCUCAGUUUAGCAAACACUCAAAUCUUCAUAACCGUCACAACACCCAUAUAGGGAAGUCGCUCCCUAGGAGGAAAAAUGGCGGCCUUGGGGAUUUUUUUUUAGUUCAGAGAAAAGGUAACUAAGAGAUGGGAUAGUAGAAGACAACACAUAUAUAUUGGCUCCCAGUACGUUUCCAAGCACAAUUCAAAGUGUUGGUGCUGACCUUUCAAGCCCUAAACGGCCUCGGUCCAGUAUACCUGAAGGAGCAUCUCCACCCCCAUCAUUCAGCCCGGACACUGAGGUCCAGCUCCGAGGGCCUUCUGGCGGUUCCCUCCCUGUGAGAAAUGAGGUUACAGGGAACCAGGCAGAGGGCCUUCUCAGUGGUGGCGCCCGCCCUGUGGAAUGCCCUCCCAGCAGAUGUCAAGGCAAUAAACAACUAUUUUACUUUUAAAAGACACCUGAAGGCGGCCCUGUUUAGGGAAGUUUUUAAUGUCUGAAGCUGUAUUGUUUUUGAGAUUUGGUUGGAAGCUGCCCAGAGUGGCUGGGGAGACCCAGUCAGAUGGGCGGGGUAUAAAUAAUAAAUUAUUAUUAUUAUUAACUCUCCAACAUGCUAACUCUCCAAUGGCUUGACUUCAUCUAAGAAGCCCCACACUUCCACUGUCUCCCAAGGCAGAUGGAUUGCCAACCAUGGUAGAAUUUAAUAAAAUUACGCAUGGAGAAAAUGGAUAGAUAUAUUUCUCUCUCUCUCUUGCAACACUAGAACUCUCAGACAUGCAAUGAAACUGAAUGUUGGUAGAUUCAGGACAGAUAAAUGGAAGUACGUCUUCAUGCAGAAUAUAAUUAAACUUUGGAACUCGCUGCCACUUGAUGCCGUACUGGCCAUCUUUGAAAGAGACUUGAAAAGAGGAUUCAACAAAUGUAUGGAGGACAAGGCUGUCAAUCUCUCUCUCUCUCUCUCUCUCUCUCUCUCUCUCUCUAUAUAUAUAUUACCUCCACUGUCAGAGACAAUAUGCCUCUAAGUAUCAGUUUCUGGGAAUCGCAGGUGGUCAGAGCAUCCUUGCAUUCGUGUCCAGUUUCUUAGUUUCCACAGGCAUCUGGUUGGCAACGUUGAGAACAAUAUGCUGGACCAGAUGCUGAACCACGUUGUUGCGAUGUACGGAAGCCCUCAGGAGUCAAACUGUAUUUUAAGUAGAGCUCCAUUCCAAUUGCUGUCUUGCAUCACCAUAAAGCAGUCUUCUUAACAUCCAGGAAUCAGCACACACAGGCAGGAUUGCAUACAAAGCGGGGACGUCUACCUAGAAGAGAUAGGGGGAAGCAGGUUCUGGCACCUGCCAGCCUUGCCCAUAAGUUUCUCUGUUUGUAUUCUGUUUCCUUGAAUAAAGAAUCAACUUU